AUGGACGAUGCCGGCGGCUGCGAGGUGGCCCGGAUCCUCGGCGCUCGACACCACUUUGCCGUGCUUGGUCUUGACCGCGUCGAGUUUGCCGACCUCGCGACCGUCCGGAGGCAAUACAAGCUGCUGGCGCGCGUUGUGCAUCCGGACAAGAGUGCCCAUGCGCAGGCGGAGGAUGCGUUCAAGAAGCUCAGCAUCGCGUACGAGUGCCUCGCCGACGACGCGAGCCAGACGCAAUACCUUGCGUCGAUCACGUCGUCGAGCAAGAAGCGGCGACGAGGCCAGAGCAACGAUCCGCCGGCCAAGCGACCCGCGCCAACGACGCACAUACGGAUGCGCACGCCCGACGAGAUUUACGCCGCCUUCAUGGCCGAGGAAGAGCGACAAGCAGCCGCCGAGUUCCAAAAGCACGGGUUCGAGCGGGUGUUUAUCGCCUCGCCCAAGCACAAGACAAAGCGCGUCGAGACGCCACUGCCGACACCAGAAGACCAUCGCCGGGAAGCGCUGCUCGCGACCGACUUGGAGGCCAAGCGCGGCGGGUGGGCGUCGUUCGCGUCCGGCAAACCGCCGAAUACCUCAGAGGCCCCAGCUCCAUCAAUCGUGGCGCCUCCACAAGUCGUCACACCGGCCUUCCACUGUCUGCUUUGCCGGCGCAAAUUCAAGUCGCGCGACGUCCUGGUGCGGCACGAGGCCGAGUCCGAGCUGCAUCAAGCAAACCUCGCCAAGCAGGCACAGCGAGCCACAUGA